UAUGGCCUUCUCUCCUUCCAUAAACAAAAGUUAAAACUAAAAAAAAGGAAAAAAAGAAAAGAAAAGCACAGAGCCACAGAUCUUGAAGCUGACUCCUCUAAACUCUGCCAUUCGCGUUUUUCCUCAGAUCUGAAUCCUUCCCUUCUCUCUCAUGUGACGUCAAACUAAAUCCUCUAAAAUAAAAUAAUAAAAUAAAACAAAACAAAACAAAAACUCAAUCAAGAAAAAGCAAAGCUACUAGAGAGAAGAAGCAGAAUUAUACGAGAAGAAGUCCCGCUUUCUCUCUCUACUUUCUUUCUCUUCUCCUGGAUCUUAAUAAUGGAGGAGUAGGAGCAUAGGACGGCGAAGACGAUGAGCCGGAGCGGGAGGAGCAUUAAUCCGGUGCUGUCGCAGCACCGGCGAGGUCACAGCCUCAACCUCGCCGGAGGAAACAAGGACGCCGUCACCGACGAGAACAACCUGGAUCUCUUCUCCAAGAAUCGUCGGAGCCUCUCCGUUACAUCCUCCGACGAAUCCUCCGAUGUUUCGGUGAAAUUGGGGAGAUUAUCAGUUGGAUCGGCGAAAGUGUCUAGGAGUGGCAUUGAUGAUCUGCUGUCGUCCACAGAUGGAGGAAAGCACGACUAUGACUGGCUUCUUACUCCUCCUGGAACUCCAACCAUCUUUCCUUCAUCAGAAGGUAAUGAGCCUCAACGAACCAUAGCAGCUCCAAGAAGCAGUUCCUUAGCCAGAUCAGCUUCUACUACUAAGGCUUCGAGGCUUUCUGUUUCACAAUCUGAAACUAACCACUCGUCAAGACCAACUCGAAGCAGCUCAGUGACUCGCUCUUCAACCUCCACAUCAUUGCACAAUACUUAUUCCUCAAACAGAUCCUCCAACAUACUUAACACAAGCUCAGCUUCAGUUUCAUCUUAUACGAGACCAGCCUCCCCCAUUACCCGCUCUUCAUCCACGGCAAGACCUUCCACUCCUUCCAGCCGCCCAACACUAUCACGACCCUCCACUCCUUCUAGAGCCCAUCCGAGUCCGACCAGCUCCUCGGCAGACAGAAGUCGACCAAUUCAAAGCUCAAGGCCCUCCACUCCUAGUUCUAGACCACAAAUCCCUGCAAACUUGAGCUCCCCAGCAGCUCGAUCAAAUUCUCGUCCAUCUACUCCUACUCGCCGAAGUCCAGUAUCCACCAUCUCUCCCGCAGCAAGUCCCUCAAUUUCAAACGGUCGUGUCUUAUCAAAUGGACGCAAUCCAACUUCAUCUUCCCGACCAAGCUCUCCAAGUCCACGUAUUCGGCCUCCUCCUCAGCCAGUUGUUCCCCCUGAUUUUCCUCUUGACACGCCGCCAAACCUUAGAACAACUUUACCAGAUAGGCCACUUUCUGCUGGUAGGUCCAGACCAGGUAGUACAGUAACAAUGAAGGGCAAUUCUGAAACCACAACAACUGCCAAUACAUCAAGAAGGCAUUCUUCACCAAUCGUUACAAGAGGAAGACUCACAGAACCCGCUGGGAGGGGUCGUCUACAAGGCAAUGGACACUAUACCGAUGCUGAGCCUCGGAAGGCCUCUCAUGCCCCUGAUUUGACCAUGAGGAAACCUGUGAAGGCAUCAAUAGCUUCUCUAGAUAACGGCGGAUUUGGAAGGACUAUCUCAAAGAAAUCUCUGGAUAUGGCCAUCAGGCACAUGGAUAUAAGAAGUGGUGGAGGGAACGUUAGGCCACUUGCUGGCACCACUCUCUUUCCCCAGAGCAUUCGAUCUGCUUCUUCAAAAACCCAGUCUAUUCGUAGUUCGAGUGCUCCGUCAUCUAUCAUAAAUGGAGGCUUACAAACCAGCUACAAUGGAAUCAUUUCAGACAAUGGAAAUGCUAUUGAUAGGCCUGCAGAAAAUGGAAUCGGAGCUGAUGGUGGACGACAUUUUGCAAAAUUGAAUGAAGUCGACAUAUACGAGAGCUCGAGAUAUGACACGCUUUUGCUCAAAGAGGAUUUGAAGAACACAAAUUGGCUGCACAGUAUUGACGACAAAACAGAUCACGGACCUAUCUUUGAUAAUGGAUUCGAAUCUCUGCCCGAACCUUUUGGCCUCUUGUAACAUCUGAUAAAGUGGUUUUCGUUUUAUUCCUUUUUUUUUUUUUUUUUUGGGUAUGCUAAGUUAUCAUUUCCAUGAAUUAUUUGGUUUCUUUAUAAAGAACUUAACCUGUCAAAUCACUCCAAAUAGAAGAAUGAAAAGGCAAAUGUGUAAUCUACCGAGAGAUCAUUGGACUAAUUUUUGUUCUAUAUAUGAAAA